CAUUUAAGAUUUAAAAGAGCUUUUAAAAAAUAGUGGUUCAAUAUUUAGUAAUCGACAAUUAGAUCGUUUAUUUUCAAAGCGUGAUUCAUAUAAACGUGUUGAUCGUCUUAUAAAUUGUUUUCCACAAAAGAAAACCCUUAUUAAACGUAAUCGUUUACAACAAAAUGAUUUAGAAGAUAAAGCAUCUAGUUCUUUAAAAGAAGAACAACAAUUAAAAGAAAAAUUAUAUUUAUUUAUUUCAUAUAUUAAACAACUUAAAGAACAGGUAGCAAAAUAA